AUGGUUUCGGUUUUCGCCUCAGCGAAGGCUCUUCCGGUUCUGGCUGCCAGCGCUCUUGCUGCCGCGAGCUAUCCCCCUAUCCCCGCUGACUUGACGACUCCGGUACAGCAACGUAUUGCUGUCAAUGGACCCAACAGCGUUUCCAUCGGCUGGAACACAUAUCAACAACUCAGCCAACCGUGUGUUGCCUAUGGCACCUCCGCCACAUCCUUAACGCAGCAAGCCUGCUCUCAGAGCUCUGUUACAUACCAGACUUCGCGCACUUGGUCAAACGCGGUGACUCUCAGCAACCUAUCGCCAGCAACAACAUACUACUACAAGAUUGUCUCGACCAACUCAAGCGUUGAUCACUUUCUGAGUCCCCGCCUUGCCGGAGAUAAAACGCCAUUCUCCAUCAACGCCAUCAUCGAUUUGGGUGUGGUAGGCCCCGAUGGCUACACUAUCCAGAAUGACCAGACAAAGCGCGAUACUAUCCCGACUAUCGACCCUUCAUUGAACCAUACCACCAUCCAACGGUUAGCAGAGACGGUCAAUGAUUAUGAAUUCGUCAUCCAUCCCGGUGACCUCGCUUAUGCUGAUGACUGGAUCGAGACGCCCAAGAAUAUCUUUGAUGGAACGAAUGCAUACCAAGCAAUCCUCGAGCAAUUCUACGCUCAGCUUGCUCCCAUCUCUAGCCGCAAGGCCUACAUGGCAAGCCCAGGUAAUCAUGAAGCUGCUUGCCAGGAAAUUCCUCACACAACUGGACUCUGUGACGCUGGACAGCGCAAUUUCAGUGACUUUGUUAACCGAUUUGGCCGUACAAUGCCCACCGUGUUCACCUCCACGUCGGCAAAUAACACGGCAAAGGUCAAUGCGAACAAGGCGCAGCAGCUUGCUAACCCUCCCUUCUGGUUCUCUUUUGAGUAUGGAAUGGCACAUGUUGUCAUGAUUGACACUGAGACGGAUUUCGCGGAUGCUCCAGACGGACCGGACGGUUCCGAGGGCCUCAACGGCGGACCUUUUGGCGCUCCCGACCAGCAGCUCCAAUUCUUCGAGGCGGAUCUCGCUUCCGUUGACCGUGCCGUCACACCCUGGCUCAUUGUUGCCGGGCAUCGACCUUGGUACACCACUGGAGGCACCGGCUGUGCACCUUGCCAGGCGGCCUUCGAAGGGCUCUUCUACAAGUAUGGCGUCGACUUGGGAGUCUUUGGCCAUGUUCACAACUCCCAGAGGUUUUUCCCUGUUUACAAUGGCACGGCUGAUGCCGCUGGCAUGACAGACCCUAAGGCACCAAUGUAUAUCGUCGCUGGCGGCGCGGGUAACAUUGAGGGCCUGUCCGACGUUGGCUCCAAGCCGUCGUACACCGCAUUCGCCUACGCAAACGAUUUCAGCUAUGCGACGAUUAGGUUUCUGGACGAACAAAAUUUGCAAGUUGACUUUUACCAGUCAUCCACCGGAAACCUUUUGGAUAGCUCCAAGCUCUUCAAGUCCCAUGAUCAGCAAUUCCUUGUGCAAUAG